CUUAUCUUUCUUUCCAAGUCGCUCCCACAAUGAUUGUUAUUCUAGUUUCGUGCGACCGCAAGAUCUUGCUCACAGGGCUGAUCGCCAACCGAGUAACCAUUCUGCUAACCCCAUCAUGGCUAAACUGCUGGGUGUAGCAUUAGGCUUCUUGAGCCAACCAUUCACCCAUCUUUCCCAGCUAUCGUUCUUGACUGAUUCCGUCGGGCUAAACAAUGGUCAGGUUAUUACCCCACAGGUGUCCAACUCUAUCCAAGAGACCCUCGAUAUUUGGAACAUCACUGGACUCUCUGUCGCAGUUGUACCGAGGUACGGCGAUCCGGAAUUUCAUUCAUGGGGAAACGUGACAGAGGACGGGGAAAAGACAACAGAAAAUACAUUAUUCCACAUGGCAUCUGUAUCCAAGGCUUUCUGUGCGAGCGCUCUUGGAAUUUUGAUGGAUGACUAUCAAUAUGGAAGAAAUGUCACCCCGCUUCCCCCUGCUCUGUCAGAAUUCAACUGGCACACCUUAGUACAAGAUAUCCUUCCGGGAGAAUGGCAAUUGAUGGAUGAAUGGGCGUCCAAGAAAGCUAAUAUAAAGGACAUCCUCUCUCAUGUGUCUGGCCUUCCCCGCCAUGACUACUCGUAUGGACCAUACGACAGCCCGAAAGAUGAAGUAUUGCGCAUGCGCUAUCUGAGGCCAGCUUUUGAACUCCGGGAACAGUGGUCGUACAACAACAAUAUGUUCACGACAGCCGCAUAUAUCGUUGAAACUUACUCCGCACAAACGUACACCUCUUUUGUAGAGGAUCGAAUUUUCACCCCACUAGGAAUGUCUUCUUCUACUUUCUCACCCGCAAAGGCUGCGAAGACCGGCAGAUUCACCCAGGGAUGGACCAGCGCCGGGAGACUCUUGCCUGAGUGUUUCACAGAAGAGACGGCAACCCUGAUGGCUGGUGCAGGUGGUGUGAUUUCGAGUGCCGUAGACAUGUCGAAAUGGGUUGCAAUGUGGCUUAACAAGGGCAUGCACAACAACGUCACAGUCAUACCGCUUUCUGUGUAUGGAAACGCCUCAGAAUCAUACUCCGUAUCCACCAGCGCCUCGGAAGAUCCCGAGAACUCAAUUGGGGGAUAUGGAAUGGGUUGGUUCCGAAACUCAUACCUGGGCCACGACAUCGUGUAUCAUACUGGUUCAGUUCCAGGAUUAUCCACGCGAGCCUCAUUCCUUCCAAAUGACGAUGUCGGAGUCCUUGUUUUUGCCAACGGCGGCGAUAAAGCAGCACCUGUGACGAACAUUUCUAACCGCAUACUCGACGCGGCUCUGAACCUGCGAUCAAAGCCAUCACCACCGAUUAAACCCAACACCUCCGAGAAGAAACCAUUCGCGCCUCCAUCCGAAAACGUCGUCGGAUUGGAACUCGCACUCGAAGAGUUCUCGGGCACAUACACCAACGCUGGAUACGGCGCCAUCACCUUUUGCACUCCCUCCGGCAGCACCCCGUAUUGUCAAGACGUGAUCUCCGACUUUGCUGCGGUGGAUGCAGGAAAGUCGAGCGCUCCCCAGUCGCCUCAGCUGUUCGCAGCGUGGCCUCGCAUAUGGUCAUCUCAUAUUCGAGGCGUGCAUCGGUCUGGGAAUACGUUCGUAGUUCAGUACACCUCGUUGUUCCCGGAAGGAUAUGGGCGCGACAGCACACCUUUCGAGACGGCGGAAAUAGUGAUGACAGAGGCUACGGCAGAAUUCGUCGUGGAGGACGGAAAGGUUGUUGGGUUUGGCGUGAUCGGGAUGGUAGGUCAACUCACGGAGAGGGAGCGAACGCACACGAGUGUGAAAGACCGAGCUGAGAUUUGGUUCGAUAAGGUGUAACAAAUACAAAUUAUGUUGGAUACAAGUAGCGCGUUUAAACGGGAAUUUCAGCUUGAACUAUAUGUACAUGUACUUAUGUCGAGAAAUUUACAGACUUAACAAAACGCAUCGAUUCAUACACUAUCAUAGAUAUUAGUGCUGUCCACAUU